CUCAUUCAACCACCUAAACAACAUCGUAUCUUUUCCUUUCGAGUUUUAAUUCAUUCGCGCUUCUACUAUCUAAUUUUCACUUACUUUCUCUUCUUAAUUCUCUCACCAAAUCCGGUUAACUGAACAUAAUGGCGGUGCCCACUUCAAACUCUCUCAUUCCGACCAAGUCCUUGCUCCCUACCAAUUCCCUUCUCUAUUCCUCCAACAACCUCAGCCAAUGCUCCUUUCCUGGCAAGCCCGGGCUCAUGCCCAAGACCAGGCCCAUUUCAGCCGUCGACAACUCUGCUGUCUCCACCAAGAAACAACAACCAGCCACCGCGACAACCACCACCCGUGAGGCGGCGAAAUGGACAGUUGAGAGCUGGAAAUCGAAGAAGGCGCUUCAGCUGCCAGAGUAUCCUAGCCAAGAGAGCCUGGACACGGUGCUGAAGACGCUUGAAGCUUUCCCUCCGAUCGUGUUCGCCGGAGAGGCAAGGAACCUGGAGGAGCGACUGGGGGAUGCUGCACUUGGAAAGGCUUUCCUUCUGCAAGGUGGAGAUUGUGCUGAGAGCUUUAAGGAGUUCAAUGCCACCAACAUUCGUGAUACCUUCAGGGUUAUUCUCCAGAUGGGUGUUGUCAUGAUGUUUGGUGGUCAAAUGCCUGUCAUCAAGGUGGGAAGAAUGGCGGGUCAAUUUGCCAAACCAAGAUCAGACAAUUUCGAGGAGAGGGAGGGAGUGAAGCUGCCAAGUUACAGGGGAGACAACAUCAAUGGAGACGCAUUUGAAGAGAAGGAGAGGAUUCCUGACCCAGAAAGGAUGAUCAGAGCUUAUUGUCAAUCCGCAGCUACUCUCAAUCUUCUCAGAUCUUUCGCGACCGGAGGGUACGCCGCCAUGCAAAGGGUCACCCAAUGGAAUUUAGACUUCACUCAGCACCGCGAGCAGGGAGACAGGUACAUAGAGCUUGCUCACCGAGUUGACGAGGCCCUCGGGUUCAUGGGUGCUGCUGGACUCACUGUGGACCAUCCUAUAAUGAAAACAACUGAUUUCUGGACUUCACAUGAGUGUUUGCUGUUGCCAUAUGAACAAUCACUCACUAGGUUGGACUCAACUUCUGGCCUCUACUAUGACUGUUCUGCUCACAUGGUUUGGGUUGGGGAACGAACCAGGCAGCUAGAUGGUGCCCAUGUUGAGUUUCUAAGAGGAGUUGCUAAUCCCCUAGGAAUUAAGGUGAGUGAUAAGAUGGACCCAAAUGAGCUUGUGAGACUCAUUGAGAUAUUGAAUCCCAAAAACAAAGCAGGGAGAAUUACUAUCAUCACGAGGAUGGGAGCUGAAAAUAUGAGGGUGAAGCUUCCAAAUCUGAUCAGGGCUGUGCGCAGAGCGGGGCAAAUUGUGACAUGGGUCAGCGAUCCUAUGCAUGGAAACACUAUCAAGGCUCCUUGUGGACUCAAAACUCGCCCCUUCGAUUCCAUUAUGAAUGAAGUGAAAGCAUUCUUCGACGUGCACGAGCAAGAAGGAAGCCACCCAGGUGGAGUUCAUCUAGAGAUGACGGGUCAGAAUGUGACUGAGUGCAUUGGAGGGUCGAGGACGGUCACAUUUGAUGAUCUGAGCUCACGUUACCACACACACUGUGACCCAAGGCUCAAUGCUUCACAAUCUCUUGAGCUUGCUUUCAUCAUCGCUGAACGGCUCAGAAAGAGAAGGAUCGGAUCAGAGCAGUCCCUUUCCUCUCUAGGACUGUGAAAUGGCUUUGAUAUGGCAUCAAAAUGGAUUUGCUGUAGUUCCCUUUGAAUUUAUAGGUGGACAUGGAAUGUUUGGCUAAUACAGAUAUACUGUGUGUAGUAGUAUAAUAAACCCUCAAAUUUAGAAGGGUUCUAGUAUCCUUGUCAAUUGGAGCAAUUUAAAUUACAUCAUACAUGUGUACCCAACUAAAUUACAUUAUUUAUGAGUUGGCUGAUCAAGUACUUUAUUUAUCUAAAAUAAGGAUUGUUUUAAUUACAUGAUAA